AACGGUUCAAUUUCUAAUUUUGUAAAACCCUAAAAAAACCAAAAGCCCCCAUUUGUAUAUCUGUGAAAGUAAGACACUGAGAAGCAAACAUGAAAACGACGAUGGCUGCAUGGAAGAACCCGAACGAGCUAAUCUGGACGACGUCGUCCUCAAUUCCCGCAGCAUUUCACCACCACAAGCCACUGCCUUCCCUCAGAACGUGCAUUCCUCUGAGCAGCAAAAGAAGAAGCGCAUGGAAGCGUCACCGUUUCGGGGUUGUCAGCUGUUCCUUUGCUCCCAUGGAAUCGGCCAAGAUUAAGGUCGUUGGGGUCGGCGGAGGCGGCAACAAUGCUGUUAAUCGCAUGAUUGGCAGCGGUUUACAUGGUGUUGAUUUCUAUGCCAUAAACACGGAUUCUCAAGCGCUCUUGCAGUCUGCUGCCGAGUACCCGCUGCAGAUUGGGGAGCUUUUGACUCGUGGGCUAGGUACUGGUGGGAAUCCACUUUUGGGGGAGCAAGCGGCAGAAGAGUCAAAAGAGGCUAUUUCUAAUGCUCUAAAAGGCUCAGAUCUUGUCUUUAUAACAGCUGGGAUGGGCGGUGGAACAGGGUCUGGAGCUGCCCCUGUUGUUGCCCAGAUAUCCAAAGAGGCCGGUUGUUUGACUGUUGGUGUAGUUACCUACCCUUUCAGCUUUGAAGGGCGUAAAAGAUCAUUGCAGUCUGUGGAUUGGGGAGUAAUCGUACAUGCAUUCAUUGGCUUCUUCCAGGCAUUUGAGGCCAUUGAAAAGCUGCAGAAAAAUGUUGACACUCUAAUAGUGAUACCGAAUGAUCGCCUCCUUGAUAUUGCUGAUGAGCAGACACCCCUUCAAGAUGCUUUCCUUCUUGCUGAUGAUGUUUUACGUCAGGGAGUGCAAGGAAUUUCUGACAUAAUCACAAUACCCGGACUGGUAAAUGUGGAUUUUGCAGAUGUAAAGGCAGUCAUGAAAGACUCAGGAACUGCAAUGCUAGGAGUAGGUGUUUCCUCCAGCAAAAACCGUGCAGAAGAAGCAGCUGAACAGGCGACUUUAGCUCCUCUGAUUGGAUCUUCCAUUCAAUCAGCUACUGGUGUUGUGUAUAAUAUCACAGGAGGAAAGGACAUAACCCUGCAGGAAGUCAACAGAGUUUCUCAGGUCGUGACGAGUUUGGCAGAUCCUUCUGCAAACAUAAUAUUUGGGGCUGUUGUGGAUGACCGCUACACUGGAGAGAUUCAUGUGACUAUUAUUGCCACAGGGUUUUCACAGUCAUUUCAGAAGACACUACUAACAGACCCCAAGGCGGCAAGGCUGCUUGACAAGGUUGCAGGGGGUCAAGAAAGCAGGGGGAUUCCGCUUCCCCUCAAGUCCUCAACGUCGUCCUCUACCAUUUCAUCAAAACCGUCUCCGAGAAAACUUUUCUUUUAAUUCAGUUUGGUGUUUUUCUUGUGUCGUGCAUUUUGCCUUGUAAUGAUACUGAAGCUCCAGUCUAUGAGAUGUCAAUAUUUCAGUCCAAUCUAUGACAUUGCAACGUUUAAAACAUGAGGUAUGAGAUUGUGGUGUGACCCAUAGUUGGCA